GCUCAGCCUCUUCCGCUGCCGCCGUGGGAAUGGAAACAUCUGGCCCACGUGCCGGAAGCCCGCUCGCGGCGGCGACGGCGGCGCGCCACUCCGUGUCCUAUCGCGCCAAACCCCUGCGGCUGUCAUCGCGAGACGAGCUCGCCGAAAUGGCCGCUUCCAGUCAAGGAAACUUUGAGAGAAAUUUUGAGUCACUGGACCUUGCAGAAUUUGCUAAAAAGCAGCCAUGGUGGCGCAAGCUAUUUGGGCAGGAAUCUGGGCCCUCAGCUGAAAAAUACAGCGUGGCGACCCAGCUGGUAAUUGGAGGUGUCACUGGAUGGUGCACGGGUUUCAUAUUCCAGAAGGUUGGAAAGUUGGCUGCAACCGCUGUGGGAGGUGGAUUUUUUCUCCUUCAGCUUGCAAACCAUACUGGGUACAUCAAGAUUGACUGGCAGCGAGUAGAGAAGGACAUGAAGAAAGCCAAGGAACAACUGAAGAUCCGUAAGAGCAGCCAGAUACCCAGCGAGGUCAAAAGCAAAGCAGAGGAGGUAGUGUCAUUUGUGAAGAAGAACAUUCUAGUGACUGGUGGAUUUUUCGGAGGCUUUCUACUUGGCAUGGCAUCCUAAAGAGGUCAACUUCACUUCCAUUAUUCCUGUGUUUUCCAGCCAGCAGCCUCUACACUCCAUCAUAGACAUCAAGUAUCUCCUGCUUCUCUUCUUCUGUGCCUUCCUCCUCCCUGCUGCGGCAUAUCUGAAUGGCUUCUAUAGGCAUCUGUCGGUACAAGUUGAUAUGGCCCUACUCUGAGCUCGAUGGCAACGGAAGAGACCAUAGACGUUAGCUCUUCUCCCAGCACACUCCCCACUUGACUAAUCUGUAGGUCAGCAAAAAUGUUCCUUUCCCUCCUCCCAUAUAAGAUACUUAACAGAGCAUGGUAUAAGAUGGCCCAGCUUGGAGGAUGAGUGGAUCCUCAGAGGUUGUCGCAGACUUGCUUUGGAAAGAAAUAAUAAGCAUAUAGAUACCUUAUGUGUUGCAUGGAAAGGAACUGAAUAUAUUUGCCUUUAAGCAUGAAAGACUUGGUAUCUUGGUGUCUACUUUCUUUUUUUUAGUUGCUUUUAGAUUACAGAAAGAGAGCUAUUUAUAUGCUUGCUGUAAUUAUCCUGACCAAAAUGGCAGUAUAAGCACUAUAAUUGAAAAAUCUGAAUAUGGAAUGAACUUGUGCUGAGCUGAAGGUAUUGUGUUUGGAGGGAACGUCUUUAGGGAAACCAACCAAUAGAUACACUGUUGAAUGGUCAAACUUAGUGAAUCACUUAAAGGUGUUAAGAUACUAUCCAGGGAUGUAUUCCACCAUAAAGCAACUCAUGGCUAUUUCCACAGGGUUUUUUCAUGGUGAAAUAAGUGACUUUAGGUGGGAGAUGGAAGAAGCUCUUGGAUUUUUAUCUCAUAGGAACGGUUUUAAGCUUUGAAACGUUAAGUAUUAUUUACCUCUUGUCAAAACUUUAGGGGUAGCCAUAGUUCCUGUGUGAAAUUCUACUACUUCUCUACCUAGUUGGUAUGAAAUAUCUCACAUUUGAGCCACAGUUUUAAAGAGCUGGCGUUCCAGGCAUUCAGAGUGGAGAACAAUAGCAGCGACAUGUGUGAAGUAAAUUGUUGCCAUCCUCCAACACUGUGUCAGUGACCCCACCUCUUCGAAUUAUUCUUCAAAAUAAAAGUUUACAGACACAUACACAUGCUUAGAAUCUUAGCACAUUUUGUUAUAAUAGCCCAUUACCAUGUCUGCAGCCUCAUCUAGAAUAUCCACUUCUGGAGGGUAAGGCUUGUGUCUUCACCGUUACGAUGGAACUGAGCACUUAGUAGGUGUUCAGUGUUUGUUGAAUAUAUGAACGAUGACCUCAUAUAAAUGUAUCCAGAAAAGGGACUGAUCUAAAGAAUUCUUGGAGACUUUUUGAGUUCUGAGAAUGCAGAAAACUUAGAAUUCCUAAACUUGCAGCUGAUUGUUUGCAAAAUGUAUGUUUUUAAGGCCUUCUUUUAAAACAUUUGCCUUUUUACUAAUCUUGGGAAUGAUGUAUUGACUUUGUAAAUUGUAGCUACCAAUGGAUGUGUGGAACUUUUUAGAAUUCAUCCACCUGCAUUUUCCCCCUUACUUUAAGGCAACAUGAAAGUUUUGCUUAUAAUUUGUAUGAAGCAUCCUCAAAUCAUAAUGGUAUGAGGCUCUGUGUUGCAUAUUUUGUAUAAGAACUUAAAAACUUGCUAUUACUUUUUAUUAUGAAAACAUAUAUGAAAACUUUAUUAUGAAAACAGAUAUAUCUAAAAGUAGAGAAAGUACAAUGAGCCUCAUAUAUCUUAUCACCUACCUGCAGUGAUCAUCAGAUUAUAGCUUGUUUUAUCAAGUGUUUUGAAACAAAUACAGAUGUAUCAUUUCAUUAUAUUUAAGUACGUGUCUCUAAAAGGUAACAACUGUUUUUAAAAAUCAUGAAUACAGUACCCUACUGUCAUACCAAAAACUUAAGAGUAAUCCCUUAAUAUCAUCAGUUAUCCGGCCAGUUUUCAAAAUUUCCCAUCUCCAAGGUUUUACAUUUUGGUUUGUUUGAAUCAGUAUCCAUAUGACAUAUACCCACAUUGCAUUCAGAUGGUCUGUUUAAGUCUCUUUUAAUCCUGUAUGUUCUUUUUUGCUUGUUUGUUUGUUUGUUUGUUUGUUUGUUUUUGGCCUGCAAUAUAUUUAUUGAAGACACUGA